AUGCCGAAUCUCGGGGAGGGAACCAUCUCCGACUUGAAAUCGACGUUGGGGCCAAGAGAAAAUAUUGGCGAUACCUACUUUGAUAACCGGACUUCCCUCAAGAAUGGGGGUCUAGACGAAUUCUUAGACGCUGACAAAAGUUACUCACAGAAGCAAAUGCUAAGCUAUAAUACACAGCCUGGACACUCAAUUACCCAUCGCGCGCUGUCCUACGGUGCUAAUGUUCCUCUUCAACAGGUUAGUGACAUGUGCGAUCUCGACAUUAUACUUGCCCCGGCCUGUAUGGGCUACACUCUCGUUCGUUUCCGUCGUAUUCAUGGAAGCACCAGCGUAUUUCACGAGGCAGUAACCUUUGUUUCCAACUUGUUGGAGGUUGAGCGCCAAAAGGCUGUGGAGGAUACAAUGCCAAGUGGGGAAAGUGAACUCAUGUAA